AUGGGCAGUGCAGGUUUCCACAAAUUUCAGGACGUCAUUAGACGUGCCUACAAAAUCAUCGAGUCACCUAUUGAUCGUCACAGUUUUUCGCUACCAUCUCAUAAUUUUUUACGCAAAAAAAUGAAAGUUGGAAGUAUAUUCGAGCCUGAAGCUCUGUUCUGGGGAUUUAUUUCGAUCACUGGAGUCUCGCUUCUCUCGUUAUCCGGUCUCUUCUUCCUACCGGUCAUAAAAGGCAAGUGGAGAAGCAGAUGGAUGCAGGUCUUCAUAGCUUUAGCUGUUUCGACGAUGAGCUGCGAUGCCCUGCUGCAUAUACUACCACAGAUAUUGGGAGCGCACCAUCACGGACAUCACGAGGACCACGGAAGUGAUCUUGAGCGUGAACACCAUCACCACCAACAUCAUCACCAGCACGAGGGCAGUCAUAUUCAUGAUCAUGGUCAACAGCAAGAAGCUGCCUUCGACCAACUUGAUAAUCGAACAGGACACCAUCAUCAUCACUCCCGUCAGGUUGUCAUACUAUUUCUUAGAUUUCUGUUUUGA